AGCGUCCUCUCCUGUAGAUAGAUCCAAUGGUGCCGCCGAGAUCAGACGGGCGACUAAUGCUCAUCGAUGAAGGGCGAGCAAUGUGACAGGAAGGAGGGCCGUGCAAUGUAAGUUGUUCCUAAAUUGUCUCCCCCUUCUUUUUGACUCUUGAUGAACAAACAUUUCCGCGGUAAGGCACUUACACUCUGGUAUAUUGCCGUUGGACACCAAGCGCCGCUGUCAUUCCUCAACAGAGCGACCGUUAUGGACACAAUCGAUCUCUCUCCUUCCUGGAAAUUGCUAACUAUCCAACCCUUGCGCUUUCUAUCACAUUUCUUCGGCAAUAAUCCUUGUCAUUCUCUGUUUGUGGGGAACACCCGAAGUUUUUGCCCAACAUCCUCGACACUUUGGAAGGUCGGGUCUACGCUCAUUGGGUGGGCACAGCAGCUUCCAAGACAUAUAUAAUGACAUGCUAGGGGUAAGCACCAUGUUCCAAGGGAAAAUCAAUUCCUGCUCCGCACUAAUUACUGUUUAAUAGUUCCAAAAGAUUCUAUGCAUCAGCUCACCCAGCAGGGGGG